UGAUUACGUUUAACUCACAAGGGAGUUAACUCACCAAGCACACGUGAACUUCAAUUGGUGCAAGAUAGAAAGUUGGUGAACACAUUCAAUUUCUGUUUCAUUAACAACCUGUGGCGUCUAAACGGACUUUCACCAUGAGUGUUUCCUGAGGAUGGUUCUCACACAAAGUGUGAAGCAUGUUGACUGUUUCCUCCGUCUUACCUCCAAGAUAACUAGUGACGUCACAAGGUUAACCAGUCUAAUCACAGAAACUCUCAACAACAUCUCCUUGUUGGUAGUAAUGUAUAGGCCAGCAGCCAUUUUGCAUCCUGAUUUCAUAGCACAGCUUCAAAGAAGUGGACAGUAUCCACCCAACCUCUUCGUCCCAGUCCUCAACUUCCCUUUCCAGCCCCAGAUCUUAGCCAACCCUGCUGGCUUCAUCAAUCCCGUUACCUUGCCCGUCCAGAGAAAUGAUGCUGCUGAUUUGAGAGAGAAGAUACGUACUGAUAUACUGCGGAAGCUCAAGCACGAGGGAAGCGAGAGUCCUCGGUUACUGUCACCUGACUUUGCAACUGACAGUCUAGAUGGUGUAACAAUGUUUAAAGCUGCAAGGAAUGAUAAUGUUGCACAUAGCAGGUCUAACAGUAGUAAGGAGAACCCUGGUAUGAAGCGACCUCGGAGUGGGUCACGGUUCGAGACGCCAAAGAAACCCCGCAUGGGAAAGCCUGGGGAGAAGGGUUUUCCUACAGGUAUUCAGUGGUCCAUUCCUCAAGCUAUUGCCCCCACAGGUGCAGAGAGGAUAUCGGAGUCUAUAUGGCAGUAUUUCCUGCAGACUCAGCAGACAGAAGACAUCUACCAGGCUAAAGUACGACUGAGAAAUGCCCUGUAUGCUGUGUUUCAGGGUGUCUUUCCAUUUUGUGGGCUGUACAUUGUUGGGUCUUCCAUGAAUGGUUUCGGCACAAGAAACAGUGACAUGGACCUUUGCCUCAUGCUGUCUAUACAUAAUAUUGACCAGAGGAAGGAGGCUACAGAGAUACUGUUCCUGCUACAGAAGUCGUUAAGGAAUUGUUUCUUUGUCAAAAAGUGUCAAGUCAUCAGAGCUGCUGUCCCAAUUCUUCGAUUCUGGGAUAAAUGCAGGGACUUUGAGUGUGAUCUGAAUAUCAACAACGCUGUUGGAAUCAGGAAUACACAUUUACUCAGAUACUAUGCAACAAUGGACUGGCGGGUACGCCCCUUGAUGCUGUACAUCAAGUUUUGGGCCAGAUUCCAUGACAUAAAUGAUGCAAGGAAGAAGACGAUAUCCAGCUACUCAUUAGGCCUCAUGCUGAUACACUAUUUACAGGUUGGCUGUAAUCCCCCAGUGCUGCCCUGUCUCCAGACACAGUUCCCAAAAACAUUCCAACCUGAUGCAGACAUCCGGGAACUGAAACUGAAUGAGAAACUGCCAUUGACGGAGACACAAAACAAAGAUUCUCUCGGAGAUCUCUUCCUUGGCUUUCUAGAAUACUAUUCCUUCAAAUUCAAUUUUGAUGCAGAUGCUAUAAGUAUUCGACUAGGUGCACGGGUACCGAGGGGUGUGAUGAUCAAACAAACAACAGACAACCAGAGGCAGUGGAAGUGUCUCUGUAUUGAAGAGCCAUUUGACAGGUCAAACACAGCAAGGUCUGUGUAUGAUGAAUUCACCUUUCAAAGAGUCCAGCGUGUUUUCAGGAACAGCUUCUUCAGAUUACGAAAGACAAAUGACAUUGAGUCCAUCACCAGUGUACCAUUCUGAGGUCCUGGAUGUGCAGACGCUGCAGCCGACCUCAACAGCUGGUACAGCGAUGGGGCUGGAGGCCAUCACAACACCUCCCCAUCUCAGGGUCCUUCAUGGACAAACGUCCAUGUGGUGAUAGGAAUAAGGACUGGAGAAUCUCCCCAGUAUUCCUAACCCUACUGACGCUGCUCUCUGCAGCUUCGAGACUGUUGACUAGAUGGCAUAUGGGCCACUUGUUUUGAUUCAUAAUUGUGAUCAUUAUCAGUAUGAAUUUCUGAUGGCUUUUCAUUGAAGCAAACAAAGCUCCUGGACACAAGCACAUGCUUCAAGUUAGGUGUGCAAUAUUAUUUAUGUGUGUGCAUAAUUUGGGAUUUUGAGUCCCAAAUGUACAGUAUGACAACUGAAAGGACCUUGUGUUGAAAAGUGACAAUGGAAAAGUGCCCUUCUUGUUCAGAAUUAAUGCCAGUCAAACCCCAGUCAGUGUGUAGUCCCUCUGUUAUGAUGUGAUCACAGGAGUGACUGGUGCCACAUUAGUAACUGUCUGAUCUCAGGGUAUAAGCUGUCUUUGUGUUGUAUCAGUGAUUUCCCUGUCAGAUCCUUCUGUGCGCGCUUGGUCUCGCAGUCGACUUCAUCUCUCGUAUGUGGCCCCAAGUGAUGUGACGUAUGUUUGGAAGAGAGGAAUAUGUCAAGAGGUCUGCUGGCAGCUGAAGUCUGUGUGAAUGUGUGUAGACCUUGAGUGACUCUCUGUGGAAUUAUUCCUGUCAGUGGUGGAUUCUCCAUAAGUUGGACCAGAGAUGGUGUAGGGAAGGUGUUUGACUCCUUAUUUUCAGGGUACUUUCCAUCCAAAAUGAUAAAAACAUUAAACACUUUUUUAUAACAACACAGUGGAUAUCAUUUUUUUCAGCGCAACAUUCAUUGUCCUAACUGUUUUGAUUAUUCAUACAAUAAAACAAACACAUCGUAUGAAGGAUUUUUCUGUUUGUCGCUUUGGACAAUCUGAAUGUCCGUCAGUGCAUGUUCUGGUAUUUUCAAACUAUUGGAAUAAUUUACUAGUAAGUUAUAAAAAGAUGUAAGUUUUGCUGUAGGCUGUGAUGAACAACAACCAUGACACUGUUAGCAAUGGUUCCUACAUGUUAGCAACUAGAAGAUCAUAGAAAAUGGCAGGCAAAUCUAGAUUAUUGCUUUAUUUAUAAUGUUGAGUUGUUCGAAAUGCUUGAAUAAUUAUUUAAACUGGAGAUUGUAUAAAAACAGACAUUGUUUACUAUGGGAAGUAACAGUGUAAAGUAUUGUGUAUUUCCUAAACAAUAGAUGAAUAUGACAUAUAAGUUAGUGUUCAUUGUGAUGUAGAGAUGUGUAUGUAGCAUCUGUGUAGGUGAGGAAGUGGAGUGAAACGUGAUUCAACCGUCAGGGAUCUAUCUGAUUAUUUUGCAAAUGAUUGCAAGGAAGCUCGGUCACCAGUGAUCACAAUAAUAUGGCCCUCAACUUUGUCUUUCAAGUUUACCCUUCACAACCUUGUAUGCGUAUAAAGAGAAGAUCUGGAUGGGAUGAUGAAAAUCGGAGGUCAAGGUCACAUCAAUGUGAUGUUUAACAAUUCUUCAGUAAAAGGUGUCCUGCCCUGAUACCAGUUUUGCUAGAGUAUUGAUGACAGUAGUGUAAAGCCAUACUCACUCACUCACUCACUCUCCUUCAGUUUCUGUCAUGUUUUUCACAAAUGUCAAAGGUCGAAUUAACUGUCAAUGACCUCACUCAAACAUUUUGUAAAAACGACCUUUGAACAAAAUAAUUAAUGAAGUAUUGAUAUAAGUUGAAUACAGCUAUGGACUCAUCGGUCAUCAUCUCUGAUAUGGUAGGCAGUCUUCUAGUCAUAAUUCUUGAGCAGUCUGAUGGUAAGUGGCAUGAAUCAAGAAUCUUUGUUUCAGUUCCCUUAAAAAAAAUCACUUGUUUUUAUUUCAUGACGUUUGUGGACUUUGUAUUCUUUGCAAAGUGUAUGUAAGACUAUUCUUUUGUACCAUUUUGUUUGUUUGUUUGUUUGUUGUUUCACGCCGCACUCAGCAAUAUUCCAGCUAUAUGAUGGCGGUCUGUAAAUAAUCAAGUCUGGACCAGUGAUUAACAUCAUGAACAUCGAUCUACACAAAUGGGAUGCGAUGACAUGCAUCAAACAAGUCAGUGAGCCUGACCACCUGAUCCCUGUCAGCGUUCAGGGCUAGUGGAUAUAUAGAAGACUUUGUCCUGUUGUUUCCUUACAAAGACUAUGAGGCCAUGACUAAGUGCUAAUUAUUUUGGGUUUUGGUGCCAAUUGUGUUCCAGGAAAUGGAGAAUGUUUAUAAUGAUGCUUCAGGUUUGUCGAAAAGGUCUCCAUGUUAAACUCUGCAUCAACACUAUUAUAGAUACAAGUACAUUUAUCAGUGCAGGUGUGCAUUGGUAGUGAUAUAACUGCAUCCUGACGCCAUCUUAUAACUAAUAUUUCUGACUUGGCUGUACACAACAAUCAUUCCUUGUUUGUAAUGACAAUAGAUGAAAGAAAUUCUGUAAAAUUAGAACUGUAUAACCAUCAUUACAAUGGCUUAUAAUAAGCAUAAUAUUUAUUAAACAAACAAGACGGAAGUGUGAAGUGAUCUGUUCCUUUGCCAUGUGGCUGUAAGAUUGAUCCAUAGAUGCCUAAACCCAAAGCAGUCUCAGGGAAUUUGUGUACUUUCUACAAGCUUUGAAAUCACCCACAUAUUGUCUGAAGUACAAAGUGCCACUUGCUUAGCUCAAAAUCAUUAUACAUGGCUCCACUUACGUUGAGUAGCAUAUUUCUUCAUGUCAGUUAAGUUUUUUUAUCUACAUUAAUGAUGCUAGUACCAUGGAAGAAAAGACAUAACUUUCUCAAGGUUUGAAAUCGUACUUAAGGAUUUCUGGAAGAAGUUGAAUCGUGUGACUUAAACAUACACCAUAAAAUAAUGAACUGUUCCAAUCCAACAAUAGGGAAUUAGUCUUAAUUCCUAUCUCAUAAUAUAUGAAUACAAAUAAAAUAUGAAGACAACUACAGUGUUCCCUAAACUGUUGGACUGAUGCCAGUUAACAAACCACGUCAUUGGCAGCUGGUCUGGUCAUGUAUGACACUGACCUCAGGGAACUUAAAAAUCAAAAAUCAAAAAAAAAAAAGAGUAUGAAAAUCGUCUCAUUGUAAAAAUAUUGUGAUGUUCAUGUUUU